AGGCCGCUCAUACAUGGUCGAGCCUUUCCACUCGAACUGCGCUGUACGUUGUUUUUCCAGGCGGACAGGAAAAACCAAAGCAGUUCUAGACUCUCACAUGUCGAUCUCCAGAUGAGUCUGAAUGCAAUGAUGAGGUUUCAACUACUGUAAGAGCUCAAACCCUGUUGUAUAACCCAAUUUGUCACUGUCUGUUUGAAUAAAAAACCAGUUUGAACUCAGCGGCAUAGCAUUUCCGGGCCUUAUCUAGCGUCCUCUCUGGUAAUUUAUUGUACAGUUGCUCAUACCUAGCUAGAAAUGUCAUAAAUUAGUGAGUUGUAGAUCCCCAGAUGCAUCGGAGCAUUGCCAUUAUCAGUCAUCGGAUAUUUACGAAUCCCAGGGUUUUUCAUUUCAAUACGGCCUCAUUGGGCAGCCAAAACACUCUUGUACGCCAUAGAAUUAAUGGGUUUGUGUUAUUUCGGGCGUUCUCCUUUGCGGCGUCGAUGCCGCGGAGAGUUCCAGACCCUGAUGACCCGUCCACCUUGAUAAAAGAAGAUGGAGUUUCUGUUUGCUCGCAAAUGUGGAUAGAAAAUUAUCGAGAACCAGAUAAGACAGUGACCAAUUUGACCACUUAUCUUAGACGAUUUGAAUUGUGGGUAUUGGCUUACCAAAAAGCAUCUGCUGAUGAGACAGGUUCGUACAUGCCGCGAAGCGCGAUACAGAGAUCAGCACUGGAAGACUUGUUAGCUCUUCGGAAUGCAGUUCUCGAUUCUAGAUUUAAGUGGGGAGCUAGGUUGGAGUUCUUUAUUCGCUCUCCAAGGGAUAAGACUGAUUAUGAAUCACUAUCAAAGAGGAAAAUUAAAGCAAUUUUGACAACAACACAACCAACUCCAUUUCAAGAUAGGAUUGUUCAGGAAGUUUUGUUUAUGAUUCUGGAGCCAGUUUAUGAGGCUCGGUUCUCACAGAAGUCAUUUGCAUUUAGGCCCGGGAGGACUGCUCACACGGUCUUGCGGGUCAUUCGCCGGAGUUUUGCAGGGUAUUUGUGGUAUAUAAAGGGGGAUGUGAGCACAAUAUUGGAUGGAAUGAAGGUGGGCAUGGUGAUUAAUGCAUUGAUGAGGGAUGUCAGAGAUAAGAAGGUGAUUGACUUAAUAAAGGCAGCACUGGUUACACCUGUGAUCACAAGCCGGGUUGAUGAAGGUGAGAAGAAGAAAACAAAGAAGAGGAAGUAUCAAAAGAAGAGAGUGUUAGCAGAAGAUGAGCCAAAGCCUGAUCCUUAUUGGUUGGAGACUUUUUUUGGAUUUGCACCCGAGGAGGCAGCAAAGCUUCCAUCUUGGGGGCAUUGUGGAAUCCUUAGUCCGCUGUUGGCUAACAUAUGCCUUGAUGAAUUGGACCGUUGGAUUGAGGGUAAAAUUAAGGAGUUUUAUCAUCCUUCGAAGAGUGAUGUCAUAUGGAACAGUCCUGAUGGGGAAGUGGAACAGGGAAAUACAUCCUGGCCAGAAUUUGUUCCCACAAGUGGGCCAGAUAAGACUCGCAAGAUGGAUUACAUUCGAUAUGGGGGUCACAUUUUGAUUGGAGUGCGUGGACCCAGGGCAGAUGCAGCAACAUUGAGAAAACAGUUGAUUGAGUUCUUUGAUCAGAAAUAUCUUCUCAAACUUGACAAUGAAAGCCUCCCAAUUGAACACAUAACUAAGGGUAUAAUGUUUCUUGAUCAUGUGUUGUGUCGGCGGGUUGUGUAUCCAACUCUUCGAUACACAGCAACUGGAGGGAAAAUCAUUAGUGAGAAGGGAGUGGGUACUUUAUUGUCAGUCACAGCAAGUUUGAAACAAUGCAUUAAGCAAUUUAGAAAGUUAAGCUUUCUGAAGGGGGAUAGGGAUCCAGAUCCACAGCCUUGCUUCAGAAUGUUCCAUGCAACUCAAGCUCAUACAAAUGCCCAGAUGAACAAAUUUCUGUCAACAAUGGUAGAGUGGUAUAGAUUUGCUGACAAUCGAAAGAAAAUUGUCAACUUUUGUUCUUACAUUGUGAGGGGUUCACUUGCAAAGCUCUAUGCUGCAAAAUACAAGCUCCGCUCACGAGCCAAGGUGUAUAAGAUCGGCUCACGAAAUUUAGCUCGUCCUUUAAAAGAUAAAAAGGGACAAUCACCAGAGUUCCAUGAUUUGCUGAGGAUGGGUUUGGUGGAAUCAAUAGAUGGGAUUCAAUACACCCGGAUGUCACUUGUACCAGAGACUGAUUACACUCCUUUCCCAAGUACAUGGAGGCCUGAUCACGAGAAGGCAUUGCUUGAAUAUAUAAUGCUUGAUGAUCCAAAAACUUUGGAGGAGCAACAGAGUUGCCUAAAAGAGCAGGGUCUCAUUUCACCACAAGAUUAUAUUUCAAUGCUUGUUUGGAACUACAAAAGGAAUGCCAUUACAAAAGAUCAGCUUUUCUUGACAGAGAAUGGAGAAAGUGACAUAGAAAGCGAUAAAGGUCUGCUGUUGGACUCAAAUAUUGAGAACUAUGAUGAUAGAACUAAAGAAGAUGAAGCUAAUGAAGAAGGAUUUCACGUAGCAGAGAUCUUCUUUUCAGCUGUAUGAUCUGAAGCAGCAAAAUUCCAUCGAAAGGCAAGAGGUAACUAUUUUGGUUUCAAAGUAAACCCAUAUGAUGCCCAAAUGAAACAAAUUUUGUUCUUUCAAUUUGAUUUGAUGAUGAUGACUUUAAUUAUAAAUUGGGCCAACUUGCAUGAG